ACCGGGCGUGCGGCGGCGGCGCGAGGGCCCGGUGCGCAGCGGGGCGCGUGUUUGGGAGAGACCACCGCUGCGGCGGGGGUGUGGGUGACGGCCGCAGCCCCGCAGUGAGCAGCCCCCCUCCCCGCUCGGCUGCGGGGGUCCGGCGGGAACCCGGCCGAGGUGAGCUGAGGUGAGGUGAGAGGAGCGGCCGGGCCCGGCGCCGGCGGGUCGAUGCCGAGGAGGAGCUGACAGCGACCCGGGGGGAAACGCCGAAACGAGACGCGGAAAUGGAUUUACGGUCGGGAGUGGCCGUGUGGGUCCUGUGCGGCUUCCUCCUGCAGCAGGGACGGGGGGAGAGGCCCCCCGGCUCUCACCUGGACGAGACAGCCAUCGCAGCAGAGUUCUGCCGCAUUGACAAGCCCUUGUGCCACGAUGAAGACGAGCAGCUCAGCUUCGAAGCCGUCCGCAACAUCCACAAGCAGAUGGACGAUGAUGCCAACGGCAACGUGGACGUAGAGGAGAGCGACGAGUUCUUGAGGGAGGACUUGAAUUAUCAUGACCCAACAGUCAAGCACAGCACCUUCCAUGGAGAAGACAAGCUCAUUAGUGUGGAAGAUCUCUGGAAGGCCUGGAAGACAUCUGAAGUGUAUAACUGGACAGUUGACGAGGUGGUUCAGUGGCUCAUUACCUACGUAGAGCUGCCACAAUACGAAGAGACCUUCAGAAAGUUGCAGCUGAGUGGACAUGCCAUGCCCAGGCUAGCAGUGAACAACGCUACCAUGAUGGGAAGUGUUCUGAAAAUGACAGAUCGAAGCCACAGGCAGAAGCUGCAGCUGAAAGCUCUGGACACGGUGCUGUUCGGGCCUCCUCUCUUAACUCGUCACAACCACCUGAAGGACUUCAUGCUGGUGGUGUCCAUCGUCAUCGGAGUGGGCGGCUGCUGGUUUGCCUACAUCCAGAAUCGCUAUUCAAAGGAGCACAUGAAGAAGAUGAUGAAAGACCUCGAGGGACUUCACAGAGCUGAACAGUCUCUCCAUGACCUUCAAGAAAGACUGCAGAAGGCUCAGGAGGAGCAUCGCUCCGUGGAGGUGGAAAAGGUGCACCUGGAGAAGAAGCUGCAGGACGAGAUCAGCAUUGCCAAGCAGGAGGCACACCGGCUGCGAGAGCUGCGGGAGGGCACGGAGAAUGAACUGAGCCGGCAGAAAUACGCUGAGCAAGAGCUGGAGCAGGUCCGGAUGGCACUCAAGAACGCCGAGAAAGAGCUGGAGUCCCACUGCAGCUGGGCUGCGCCCGAGGCCCUGCAGAAAUGGCUCCAGCUGACGCACGAGGUGGAGGUCCAGUACUACAACAUCAAGAAACAGAACGCGGAGAAGCAGCUGCUGGUGGCCAAGGAAGGGGCUGAAAAAAUUAAAAAGAAGCGAAACACCCUGUUUGGAACAUUUCAUGUUGCUCACAGCUCAUCUCUAGAUGAUGUUGAUCAUAAAAUCUUAACUGCAAAGCAAGCGCUGAGCGAAGUGACGGCUGCGCUGCGGGAGCGCCUGCAUCGCUGGCAGCAGAUAGAACUGCUCUGCGGCUUCCAGAUCGUCAACAACCCAGGCAUCCACACCCUGGCCUCAGCCCUUAACAUUGACCCCGGCUGGAUGGGCACCCCGCGGCCCAACCCCUCGCACUUCAUCAUGACCGAUGACGUGGACGAUCUGGACGAAGAGAUCGUGUCUCCCAUGUCCAUACAAUACGCAGCCUGGCUUUUCGGGCGCAGGUUCAGUGACCGCUCGUCUCUGUCCUCGGAGGAUCAGUCCCUCUGGAAAUACCCUGCUCCUGCCUUGCCCAGCACAGUUCGCCAGCGCCUGGUGGACCCACCGCACGCCCACGGAUCUCAGAGAGACUUAACUCGCUGCGACUCCGACUCUUCCAUCCCGCACCUGAGCGACCACCAGCGUAUCCCCAGCUCUGCGCCCAAGCUGCUGGCCGCCCGGCCCAACCUGCUGACCCGCUCCAUCGAGGAGGGUGCCCCCGGCCACCCCGCCGUCGGCGCGCCCACCCCCAACGGCGGCAGCCGGCCGGCGGAAGCCUCCGUCCCGGGGGCUUUGCCGGAGCGCCUGCCCGAGAGCCCCAUGGUGAUGAAGAAGAUGAUGAUGGUGAACCACGGCAUGGAGAAGUCCUCCAGCCUGGGGGAGAUCAGCCACCCGACAGCCGGCAAGCACAGCCACUCGGAUUCCUCCCGGUCCCACAGCCCCAGCUCCACCGACCCCGACACCCCGUCCCCCAUCUCUGACUGCCGGCCCAGCAGCGCCAAGAGCACCCGCAUCCCGCAGCUGGCUGCCAAGAAGAGCCCGGGGGACGAGGACAGCAGCUUGACAGGCGAUGAGGUUGACCUCGGCCAGAGCAAGAAAAAGUUCCCCCUAAAGAUCUUCAAGAAGCCCAAGAAGUAGAGAGAGGGGCGGGGGGGGAAGAGGAAACCCACCCAGGAGCGGGACCCACCGGGACCGGGGGGGCGGCCGUGCAUCGGGAGUGCAGCGCACCCGCCGCCCCGCGCCCUCCCCGCCCGAGUCACCUCGCCCAACACCGGCAGCGGGAGGAGCUAUUUAAACUUAUUUAUUUCCUGAUCUCUGAGGAAAAAAAAAAAAAAAAAAAAAAAAAAAAAGAAGAAAAAAAAAAAAAAAAGGAAAAAAAAAAAAAAAAAAAAGACGAUGACGACCACCGCUCCCCCCGAAGAGAACAGCCGCCCUUUCUCCCCUUCGACUGCUGCGGUCCCUGGCUUUGCUGCGCAUGGCUUCCAGUUACUCCUGCCUCUGCUCAGCCACACGGCAUUUGGGUUUGGUUUCAAUGUGGUUUUAUUUUUUUAUUUUUUAUUAUUAUUAAUUUUUUUUUUGUUCGUUUAUUUUGGUUUUUUGUGGGGUUUUUUGUUUGUUUUUUUUUUUUUUUGUCCCCGGUUCUUCUGCCUCUUCCGACUUUUGCACGGGCUGUAGGCGAAGGCGGAGCGGGGCCGGCUGCUCCCCGCUCGGCUCUCGGGGUGACUGGGGUGCGAGUGUUUGGGCCGGUUCUCCCCCCUAUUCCCUUGAUCCGCGUUUCCACACCCUGGCCCCCAGCACUGCGAUGCCCGGGGGGGGGGAAGGGGGGGGGAGAUCCCCUCCUUUGUGCGCUCUUGAUAAGCAAGAGCCAGUAAAAGGCCCUGGUGAGGGAGGGCUCUCCCCUCCCCAGUACUCGUGCACCCCCGAGCUCUGCCCUCGACCCUCUUCCCACUCGUGCCGGAGGCGGCUGCGGCGUGGUGGGUUUCCGUGGUAGGGGGGGUUGGAUGCCGGGGCGCAGGAGCCCACGGCUGCCCCUCCCCAUCUUUACUUCCCCAGCCCUUGGACCUUCCCCAGGGUGGGGGGGGGGAGCAGGGCUGGAGGCAGCUCCUCCAGACCCAGAUGUCCCCGGGGGGCAAGGAGCGGGGACGCUGGGGUGACAGGGGAGCACCGAGGGACGUGCUGGCCCCCACCGGUGUUGGUGCAGAGCUGGGUCUGGCCGCACAUGGGGGGGGGGGGGGGGGGCCGUCCCCUCUCCCCGUGUCCCAGUUUCGCAGGGCGCAGCAGGACGGGGAUGGGGAUGGGGAUGGGGACAGGGACGGCAAGCUGCGCGUGGGUGGCAGGAGCCUGGAAAUGUCCUCUGGCUCCCCCCCCCCCCGAGGCAGGCGUGCCCUCAGGCUGGGCGCUGGGGCUCUGAGCCCCCCUCCCUGAGCACCGAGGGGAUGCUGGCGGGGGGGGAGGCUCCCCCGGGCACCCGUGGCACCAGCCCCACCGGGCGCCGGCACAGCCUGCGGCGGGGCUCGGGCCAUCCCGGGCCGCUGCCCGGCGGCUCCCCCGGCAGCCUGCGGGCCGCAUCCUGCUGCUCAGAGCCCUCGUCUCGGCCACUGAGGGGGAGUCCCCGGUUCGGGGCAGGAACUGCGAGCCAAGCUCUGCCCCGUCCGCCGGCUGAGCCCAUCCCAGGGCUGAGCCUGUCCUAGGGCUGAGCUUUGCUCCAUCCUAGGGCUGAGCCUGCCCAGGUCUGAGCCUAACCCAGGACUGAGCUCUGCUCUGUUCCAGGACUGAGCCCAUCUCAGGACUGAGCCCAUCCCAGGGCUGAGCUUUGCUCCAUCCCAGGGCUGAGCCCAUCCCAGGGCUGAGCCCAUCCCAGGGCUGAGCUUUGCUCCAUCCUAGGGCUGAGCCCAUCCCAGGGCUGAGCUUUGAUCCAUCCCAGGGCUGAGCUUUGCUCUGUUCCAGGACUGAGCCCAUCUUAGGACUGAGUCCAUCCCAGGCUGAGCUUUGCUCCAUCCUAGGGCUGAGCCCAUCCCAGGGCUGAGCUUUGCUCCAUCCUAGGGCUGAACCCAUCCCAGGGCUGAGCUUUGCUCCAUCCCAGGGCUGAGCCCAUCCCAGGGCUGAGCUUUGCUCCAUCCCAGGACUGAGCCCGUCCCAGGGCUGAGCUUUCCUCCCCCAGGCGCAGCUCUGCAGCCCCUGCCCGCAGCACCCAGCGCCGGGGCUGGCAGAGGAGCCCCCGGCCACCCUCCCGCGUCCCUCGAGGCUGCUGCCCAGCACCACACGGCCCCCCCAGAGCUGCGCCAGGCCCGGGGGUCCCUGCCCCCCCAGCCCCGAGGGGGGCAGCUGCUCUGGGCCGCCCGGCUGCUUCACCCGAGGGCAGAGGAGGAUGCAAAGCUGGCAGGGAAGAAGAGGAGGCAGGGCGGGAUGCUGAAAGCCCCCCGGGGCCUUGCUUUAUGCCAGAGUAAUAUAUAUAUGUGUACGUUGACAAUACAGGAAGGGCUAUAAAAGUGUUUUUUGUUUCGUAGGUGGUAGUUAGAUGAUUACACUGUUGCUUUGAGAUAAGUGAAAAUGCCUCUAAAUGACUAAGUGCCUGCAAUUCCCCGCGGCCGCUCCGAGGCGCGGGGAGGGGGGACGCCGUGCUUGGCCCCCACGCACGGGGCCGGCGGCGGGGGGGGGGGGGGGCCCGGGGGGGCCCUGGGAGCGCCCGGGCUGGAGCCGGGGGCCCGGCGGCGCUGCUCGUGGUGGCCGAGACCUGUCGAUGCUUCUGGAGAAGGGGUUGGGGAUCCACCAAACGGCAACUGUUGACGAAUUUUUUUUUUUUUUUUAAUUUUUUUUUUUUUUCUGGUCAUUUCAUAAAACUUUUAAAUCCAA